CAGCAUAUCUGUCAUUCCAGUCUGGGGUAGCAGAUAGGACACCAGCAAGAUGUCCGGAGGAAUCUUUUCCCCCUUGGAUAAUUUGUAUGACCCAGAUAGCGCUAACUGCCAUCCCCUGGUUUGCCACCUAUGCCAUGAGCAAUACGAGAACCCUUGCCUGCUUGAAUGUUAUCACACCUUCUGUGCUAGCUGUCUGCGUGGCAGAGCCCUGGAUAGUCGCCUCACAUGCCCCCUCUGCGGACACCAGUCAAUUGUGAAAGGGAUCAACGCACUCCCACCAGAGGAUCGCUUGCUGAAGUUCCUGGUGGAUAAUUCUGCUGACAGCGAGGAGACAGUUCAGUGUGCCAACUGUGACCUGGAGUGCAAGAAACAGGAUGUGGAUGCAAUGUAUUAUUGCAACACUUGUAGCCAGCCCCUGUGUGGAGACUGCCGGGAAGUUACCCACAAAGCCAGGAUGUUCUCUCGCCACGAGAUCGUCUCCCUGGCCAAACGCACCAAGGAGACACACAAAAAGUGCUCCCUGCAUGAGGAGUUCUACAUUAUGUUCUCUACAGAAAAGAAGUCCAUGCUGUGCAUCAACUGUUUCAGAGACAUGCAAGUGGAGAGCAGAGCACACUGCAUUGAUAUUGAGACAGCGUAUAUACAAGGCUGUGAAAAACUGGACCAGGCCGUCGUAGCAGUGAAGGAGCUGCAGACGUCUGCCCGUGAGGCCAUCAUCCUGCUGAAGGCGAUGAUCAGUGAGGUGAGGGCGAACGUGGACGAAGAGGAGAGCGCCAUCAGCACGCUUUUCAAUGACAUGCAGGAAAAACUGGCAGAAAGAAAGAAGAUUCUUUUGAAAGCUGCUCAGAGUCAGCAUGAGGAGAAGGAGAGGGCUUUCAAAGAGCAGCUGUCCCACCUGGCUGCCCUCCUGCCCACUCUGCAGGUUCACUUGGUCACAUGCUCAGCCUUCCUCAGCUCUGCCAAUAAGUUUGAGUUCCUAGAUAUGGGCUAUCAACUGAUGGAGAGGCUGAAGAAGAUUGUGCAGCUGCCUCACAGACUGAGGCCAGCGCAGAGCAGCAAGAUCAAUACGGAUUACAGGUCCGAAUUCGCUCGCUGCCUGGAAUCGCUGUUGCUGCUGGGUCAGCGCCGCUCCGUGUCCGUCACUGGGACUGUCUCUGGACUGGGUCUGGGCAAUGCUAGCGGCCUACAUCAGUCAUCCCUGUCUGUGCCCUGCCAUUCUCCCUCUGCCAGCGACAUGUCCCUUGGCUCCUCUGUGGUGCGUAAGCCCACCUCCCACCGCUACAUCAGCACCAAGGUCCUGCUGGCUGAGGGCGGGGAGACACCCUUCGCAGAGCAUUGCCGCAACUACGAGAACAGCUACAGGACCCUGCAGACGGAGAUCCAGAAGCUGAAGGAUCAGGUGCAGGAGAUGCACAGGGACCUGACCAAGCACCACUCCCUCAUCAGGACUGACAUCAUGGGCGAGAUCCUGGAGAAAUCCCUGGACAUGGAUGGACAGAUUGCCUCCGAGUACGCCUCAGUAGAGAUGAUGAGGGCCGUGUUUGAGGAGAUUUGGGAAGAGACCUUUCAGAGAGUGGCAAACGAGCAGGAAAUCUAUGAAGCACAGCUCCAUGACCUGCUGCAGCUGAGGCAGGAGAACACCUACCUGACCACCAUCGCCCGGCAGAUCGGGCCCUACAUCCGCUCCAUCGCUAAGGUGAAGGAACGCCUGGAGCCCAGACUGAAGGAGCCCAAGGAGUUGAAAGACGACCGCACAGAGACCAUGCUGAAAAUCUACGAGGACAGCAGCUUGGCCACCGAGACUCAACACAGAAAUGACCUGACUGGUGCCACAGAUGAUAACCGUGACACCAUGCUGGACAACCGCUCUCUUAAUAUCCUGUCUGAGGAGACCCCAGUCAAGAGCAAUGAUUACUAUUGGCUGGGGAAGCAGAAGAAUGCAGCUGAGGUGCCCAAUCGCAAGGAGAUGCGUGAAAACCAAGUGUGAUUGGUGUGUUUGAACACAGCACCACCUGGGGGCACCCAAAAUCACAUGAUCCCUGGAGCAGAAGCUGUGUUCAUCACCAUUAACAAUACGGGGUAAACGUUGAUUACCUUGACUGAUACACUCUGUUGAAUGGAGUCACGGGCCCUGAAUCUGCAGAACGGACUGACUGGAAUACUGACAGUCAAUUGUUCAUUGGGAAGACAAGGAUCAGAGGUCAGAGCAAAUAUGUCUGUAUUC